GGUGUAAUGGAAGAGGAUAUUGAGCCUGUUCGGGAUCUUAUUACUACUGCAAUUCUGGCACUUGUACAAGUUCGAUGGUUCUCACUAACGAAUGUACUCGUGGUUAUACAUGUACUACUGAUGGAUGUGUAUUACGUGGUUGAAUUAAAA